AUGUAUACAACAACAGUUAACAAUGGUAAUAAAAGAGUAAUUAAUCCAGUGGAAAUGAAUUCAAAGAACUCUUCAAACUCGGGGUCACCUAUGUAUAAUAAUAACUUUAAUGGUAAUAAUAGUAAUGCUAACCCAUCUGCUUUUGCAAACGGUAUUCAUUUGACAACUUCGAACGAUCCAUCUCAUAUAGUAAUGAAUCAACAACAACAACCACAACCACAUCAGCCAUUACAGCCUCCACUACAACAGCCACUACCACAACAACCACUACCACAACAACCACUACCACAACAACCACUACCACACCAACCACUACCACAACAACCAUCACAACAACCAUCACGACAACAGCCACAACAGCCACGACAACAGCCACCACAACAGCCACCACAACAACCACCACGGCAACAGCCACCACAACAACCACCACGACAACAGUUACCACAACAACCAUCACAACAACCACCACAACAACCAUCACAACAACCACCACAACAACCACCACAACAACCACCACAACAACCACCACAAUCCCAACAGAAGAGAAACCACACUACCAAUGAUACUCACAACAACAAAAUCUCUGUUCCACCUUAUCCAAUGAGAAAAUAUCUGGCAAAUAUGGCUGUAUUGAGAGUUCAUGAAAUAAUUAAUAUGUUUUUAUUGGUUGGUGAAAUACCUCACAGAUAUAGUAUACAACAUUGGAAUAAAUUUGUUUCCGAAAGCUUUACACCUCACGGUAUAGUUAAGUAUUCUAUGAAAAACAACGGAUUGGAUAUUAGAAAAUUUGAACUAACUGUUCCAUUAUUUCCAAAAUUUUUGCAUGACUGGUUUAACUCAGGAAUUGUACGUUUUGAAAUAGUUCCUCAACAAUUACGAUCUCAGGUUUUAAGUAAUGGUACCGUUUUUUUUGAAUGUCCUUGCUGUACCUUCACUAGAUAUUACGUGGAUGGCAGUUAUGUUACUAGGUUUUACCAAUUAAAGGGCAUUUUUGAUCCUUGGUUGAAAAUUGAAUGGCUAGAUUUUUAUGCCCAUAGUUUUGUACCUGGUAUCGAAUGGAGUAGUAUAGAAAGAGUUUUGAGCAAUGAAAAUAUAAGCAGAGAAAUUUUUAAAGAUUUUUUCAUACCACCCGUUGCGAAUAAUAUUGACAACAAUACCAACAAUGCAAAUAAGAAAGAUUUUAAACAAGGCAAUAAUAACACUGAAACUGUUGAUAUUAACAGUAUUUCUACCAUCAACGAUAAUGCUACCACUGCAACUGCUAACUUCAAACAAAAAGAUAAUAAAGAUGAUAACAAUGACGAAGUCAGCACCAGUAGUGCAACAACGACCACGACCACGACCACUACUACUAAUGAUAAUAUACAUACCAAUUAUAAUAAACAGCCGGGAACCAAUAGAAAAUUUCCCGAAAGUACCAACUACGACCUGAACAACGCACUGCCUCCUGCGUUUAACGUUAUUUCUAAAUUACGUUCUCAGUUUUAUAUAUUUAAUAGUAUUAGUAAUUUUGGAUUUAGUGAAAGUUUUAUGAGAAUAUUGCAAGUGAGUGAUGUUAUGCAAUAUUUAAAAAGUUUAAUGCUAUACCAACGUGUAAAUCAUUUAGACAGCCCAAUUGAAGCAAUGGCUCAAUUAGUUGCAGGACUAAAACAACAACAACAGGUUAUGCAGCAAAGAAUGGCACAACAACAACGACCACCACCACCACCACCACAACAACAACAGCAGCAACAGCAGCAACAGCAGCAACAGCAGCAACAACAACAACAACAACAACAACAACAACAACAGCAACAGCAACAGCAACAGCAACAACAACAGCAACAACAACAACAACAACAACAACAACAACAACAACAACAACAACAGCAACAACAACAACAGCAACAACAACAACAACAGCACCACCACCACCACCAACAACAACAGCAACACCAACAGCACCACCACCAACACCAACACCAACAACAACAAUACCAACAGCACCAACAACAACAAAGUCAUCAUCAUCAGCAGCCUCCACAACACCACCAACAACAACAACAAUACCAACAGCACCAACAACAACAAAACCAACAAUACCUACAUCAGCAACCAUUUUUACCAACAUCUGUUGCUUCUUCUUCACCAUCAUCUUCAUUUUUUUCUUCAGCGAAUACAGAACAGAAUGCGAAAAAGCAAGCACAGCCAGCAGGAAAGGACCAAUUACAGUAUAAUACUAAUAAUAUUAAUAAUAAUACUAAAAACACUAUGCGUAUUAGUGGCAAUGCACCCCAACAGCCAUCAAAUCCUUCUGGGCUUGCAAAAAAUCAAUACAUACCUUCUACCGGACCACCUCCGCCUCUAAACCAGCAUUACCCCAUACUACAACAAUCUGGAUCACCUCCACCUCCACCUCCAUCCCAAAAUCAGCAUUAUCAUGUAUUGCAACAAUCUGGACUACCUCCGCCACCUUCACAAUAUGUUGAUUCUUCUCACAUAAUUAAUAACAAUACUAUUGCUACUAAUGGUAAUAAAAGGACUACCAACAACAAUUCUAAUAAUUCUACAAACAUAAAUAUGCAAAUGAAUAUGGGUCAACCGCAAUUUUCUACGCCAAACAUGGGAAUGAUGAAUAGCAGCGGUAAUAAUAAUAGCAACGAUAAUAUCAAUAGCUUUGUUAAGAAUAAGAGUAAUAGUAAUAAAAGUCAGAACGAUAAAAUCGUCAAUGAUAGCAAUAAGAUAAAUAAUACUAAUAUUAACGCUAACAUCACUCCUAGUGUUAAUAAUAAAUUGAAGAAACAACAUGACCUUUUACUUCAACAACAAGGACAACAACAACAUGACCUUUUACUUCAGCAACAAGGACAACAACAACAGCACCUUUUACUUCAGCAACAAGGACAACAACAAAAACAGUCUAAAAGAAGAAGACAAAGUGAUUUAAGUCCUAGAAGUCAAAAUGUUAAUGUUCCUACUGCUAACUCCAAUCAUAUUAGUAAUAUAAAUCUUAAUGUUACUAAUAAUGAGCUUAAUAACAAUUUUGACAUGGAUAACUAUGAUAAUAACAAUGAGGACUUUGGUGGAGUUAAGAAACCAAAACGCUGA